UCUGUCUCCGGGUUCACCUGGCUGGUGCUGCUCUGGGGCCAGGGCUAGGCCUCUUGGGUUCUGUCCCCAGCUCUGGAAGGGCAGUGGGGUCUAAUGGCUGGAGUCAGGACUCUUGGUCACAGUUGUGACUCUUUGCAAGCUGGGUUGCUCUCUCUCUCUGGCCUACCAGUGUAAACUGAUACCAGCUGGCUGGGAAUUGGGAUGGGAACAGUGGGGGAGGGACAGGAGCUGGGAGUGGGAAGGUGGGAGGGGGUGAGCGUCUGGUAUGGGUACAAGAUGCCGGUCUGAGCCUUGUCAGUUUCAGUGUGGGCCUGAGACCCAGGCAUGCGCCAGCAGCAGUGGGGGGGAGCCGGGCAGCGGGCGGUUCCAGCACACCUUCACCAGACCCAUCAUCGUCACGGUGGAGAGCCAGCCCAGAGCCGCCCCACCCAGCCCGGGGCCAGCAGAUCUCUUCCCGAUGCCCUUCCCUCUGUCUGGCAGGAUGGGAAACACACUGAAGGAGGCGCCCCGGCCAGAGCAGAGAGAAACAGCCCCCGCACCCCCGCCCCAGGGCCUGGAGCUGCCCACUGUGGUGGGCAUCGUCUUCUCAGCCUUUGUCAUCGGCGUCUCUCUCACCGGGGGGCUCUGGCUCAUUCACUCCAGGACAGACCCUGCUGACGCGCCACCUGCGAACCCCUCGGUCGCUCCUGUGCCCCCUGCACUGCCGGUGCCUGAUGCUGACACCGUCUGCACCGCGCUGGUCUAGGCACAGAUUCAGG